CGCAGACAUCUCUCCAGCCGACAAUGCAGCCCACCCGCCUGCUGCUCAAGCGCUCCGUAUGGAAGGGGCCGCACCUCGUGCCCCUUCCCAUCGUCUUCCCCAAGAAGCCGGGCGACAAGGUGCCCCCCGUGCGCACGCAGGCCCGCUCCGCGACCAUCCUGCCCAGCUUCGUCGGGCUCAAGUUCGAGAUCCACAAUGGCAAGGACUACAGUCAGGUGGUCAUUACCGAGGACAUGGUUGGGCACAAGCUCGGCGAGUUUUCACCAACGCGGAAACCGAAUAUUUGGGACAGGAAAUAAAGGAGAAGAGGUGAUGGAGGGGACAGUGGGAGAACAGGGAGUCUGUGCACACGGCGAUACGGGCUCCGAAUACCCUGUACAACAGCAUUUUUGUACCAAUACGAAGCACAAUGAUCACAAGACAUGCAUCCGUGCUCGCGCGGGAUAUCAUCAAUUUAUCAAGUCUUAGGCGCUGCCUGUGACUACCAGGCGCA